UUGUAUUUUAACGCAUAUGUUUAAUGGUUAAUAAGUAUAUUAUUUAUUAUUAUAGCUUUUAUUCAUUUUUUUCAGCCUUCUUUAUGUACUUUUUUUCUUUGUCGGCUAAUAUCUGGUUAAUUACGAUAAGUUUUGAUAUGUGGCGGACAUUCAGAGAAUUCAGUUCGUUACAAAGAAGCAUUAGACAACGUGAGAACAGAAAAUUGAUAUAUUAUUCAUUCUAUGCAUGGGGUUGCCUCUUUAUAUUAGCUACUUUUUGUGUCAUCAUGGAGUCUGUUUCCUCUCGUCUACCAGAGAUUUGGCGACCGGAAUUUCAACUAGGAGAUUGCUGGUUCAGUAAGAAGGAAACAUUGAUGAUAUAUUUUUACAAUUGGAGAAGUAUCUGUAUUAUUAGUAGCGUUUGCUUUUCCAUCUCUGCGUCAAUGAACGUUACGAAAAGGAAACGAGAACUCGUCUGUCAGAUUCAGACAGCAAGCAAUACAAUGACAAUAAAAAAUGGUUACAGUUGUAUCUAAGACUAUUUAUGGUGCAAUUCGUCUUGCUCAUCAAUGGGUCAUAAGAGUGUUAUAUUUGUUUAACUAUAUACCCGAUGCCAUCGGGUAUUAUAUUGAUGUGAUAGAUAUUCCGCAGCAUAUUUGCACUUUUAUUAUAUUUGUAUGCAAAAAGAAAGUCAUAAUUAUAUUAUUGAAACGAUUCGGAUGCAAGACAAAUGGUGUAUCAUCAUCGACUACUUGAUUAUCACGUCAGAGGUGUUUAUAAUGUAGGAAAAGUCGAGUUCUUGCGGACAAGAAAACUGUCACGCGAAAGAUUUGAUGGGACUGAACUCUAAUGUGUAAAAAAGUUUUAUCGCAGUUCAAGAAUCAAUAAAUAAUCAGCAAUUUAAUAUAAUCUUAUAAUUUUUCAAUUGAAAAUAACUUUACAGUGUUAGACAUAGAUGUUUACGUUUCUUCAAAAGAUUUAGUUUAAACUUUCACAGAGAAAAUUUAUUGUAUUGAUACGUAUUUUUGAGUCAAAUCAAUGGUUAUAAAUCAGUCUAUUGUAAAAAAAUUCUUCAAACAAUCUUAUAAA